GUGCGCGCGCAGACUCUUCUCCUACGUGGUCGCGCCCAUAUUGCUCCGGUGCGCUCGCGGCUCAGAGCCCCCGAGGGCGCAGCUCCAGUUCAUCACAACCCGUCAGCGAGGCGCGCGCGCAAGAAAAGAUGCAUGUGCUCGAGCUGAGCGUGCUCGUGGCGGUCGCCGGAGCCAUUGUAACCCCGAAUGUGGUGCACGAGGAGCUAAACGGUACGGUGGAGGCGGAUGGAGCGCGAGGACAGACGGCGCUGGGCGACAUGUUCCGCGAGGUGGAGGAGCUAAUGGAGGACACGCAGCACCGGCUGGAGGACACGGUGCACCAGAUGGACAAUGAGAGUGCAAAAUCCAGCCAGCCUGCUCAGAACCUCACCUCCAAUUACAGCAGCGACAGCAGUUCAGACACUGUGCUCGGAAAUCAAUCCGCUCCCGCCGAGGAGAAGAUCGAUAAGAUAACAGAGAACAGAACCGAAGAGCUCCGCGUCACCAGAACCACUGCUCUGACGAAUGGCAAGGAAAACGACACUGCUCAUGAGUGCAUCAUUGAUGAGGACUGUGAGAAGGGCACAUACUGUCUGUACGAGGCGGCGCACUCUGAAUGUCUGGACUGUAAGGAUGUGGAUGCGACCUGCACUAAAGACGUAGAGUGCUGUGACGGACAGCUCUGUGUGUGGGGACAGUGCACCAAGAACGCCACCAAAGGUGAACCGGGCACCAUCUGCGAAUACCAAAGCAACUGCAGCGGCGACCUGUGCUGCGCUUUCCACAAAGCUCUGCUCUUCCCAGUGUGCAUCACUAAGCCAACCGAGCAUCAGCGCUGCAUUAUCGCAGCCAGUCAUCUAAUGGAGCUGCUAUCAUGGGAUUUGGAGGGCGAGGGGCCGACAGAUCACUGCCCCUGUGCUGGGGACCUACAGUGCCAAAAUCAGGGACGUGGCGCUUUGUGUUUCAAAAGCCAGAGCUCUAGUGAAGAAGACGAGACGGACGCCAUAUACUCUGAGAUCGACUACAUCCUCUGAGCUGGAGACAGAAGGAAGCUUCCCGGUAGAAGAAUCAAUGCCACUGUCAGAGGGAUAGUAGUGAUCCUCCAGUUAUCAUUGCAGUCUGCAGUCUACUGAACCUCAGUACUUCAUUACCUUUAGUCUUUAGCGGUGGGUGAGCUGAGCCACUUUAUAGGAAUUCAGUACUUAAACCCAGAUCAGCCAUCAUAAGCGUAUAAAGCUAUAAAGCUCCAGUCUGAUCUCCAUGUCGUGCUUCAUGAUGCAGUGCUUAACAACUUAUGUACAAGACAAGACCAUGGCUACAGCAGUAGAUCUCAGUAUGGCUUGUGCCCAUGUGUAAAGAGCCCUGUAAGUCAGAGUGAGAAAAGCAGUCUAUCGGCAGAGUGUAAAGAUGUACAGUAUAUAUGAAUAAGGCUACACAGCUGGACGGGUGCUAUGCAGAAUGUAAUACUCUCAUUUAUGACCACCGAUUGGCCUGGUUAGCCUUUAGCUCCUCAAAGCAGAACUCGUACAGAUAAGCUGUCUCAAAGCUGUGAACUGGAAACCUGCAUAAGAUAAUAAAAAUGUGAAAAGUGUUACAA